CUGCUGUGCAGCCAGGCAGCGGCAGCAAGCGGGGGGUUAAGCGCCGUUGGUUUGCCUGGAAGAUCUUGCCUCGCUCGGUUUCCUUAUUUCCCGAAGAUUGCCCUGGCGUUCUUUCGGCGCCGAGGUACCGGUCGAGAUCCAGGCACAAUUUGUCCAAUCCAGUGAUCACUCAAUAUGGCAGAAGAGGUCAUCGUGCCCAUUUACUGUACUGGAGUCUCAGCGCAGGUCCAGAAGCAGCGGGCAAAGGAAUUGGGCUUGGGGAAGCAUGAGAAUGCUGUGAAAUACCUUGGUCAGGACUAUGAGAGGAUUCGGAACGAAUGUUUGCAGAAUGGAACUCUUUUCCGGGAUGACUCUUUCCCUCCUACGGCUUCUUCACUGGGUUUCAAAGAGCUGGGACCAAAUUCUUCCAAAACAUACGGAGUCAAGUGGAAACGGCCUACGGAACUGUGCCGCAACCCGCUCUUCAUUGUGGAUGGUGCCACCCGUACAGAUGUCUGUCAGGGAGCUUUAGGUGACUGUUGGCUUCUGGCUGCUAUUGCCUCUCUCACAUUGAACGAUCCCCUUCUCCAUCGCGUGGUCCCCCAUGGGCAGAGCUUCCAAAAUGGAUAUGCUGGUGCUUUCCACUUCCAGAUCUGGCAAUUUGGUGAGUGGGUAGAUGUGGUGGUAGACGACCUCCUUCCAACAAAAGACGGCAAGUUGGUGUUUGUGCACUCCGCAGAAGGCAAUGAGUUCUGGAGUGCCCUGCUCGAGAAGGCUUAUGCCAAAGUAAAUGGCUGCUACGAGGCCCUUUCUGGGGGAAGCACUUCGGAAGGGUUUGAAGACUUCACUGGUGGUGUUACCGAGUGGUAUGAACUCCGAAAGCCACCCAGUGACCUCUUCCAGAUCAUCAUGAAGGCCUUGGAGAAGGGGUCUCUCUUGGGUUGCUCCAUUGAUAUCACAAGUGCUCUUGACAUGGAAGCUGUCACCUUUAAGAAGCUAGUGAAAGGCCACGCCUAUUCUGUCACUGGAGCUGAGCAGAUCAACUACCGAGGGCAGAGGGUCAAUCUGAUAAGGAUACGAAAUCCAUGGGGAGAGGUUGAAUGGACUGGUGCUUGGAGUGACAAUUCUGGGGAGUGGAAUGUGGUGGAACCCUCUGUGGGGCAGCAGCUGAGAAUUAAAAUGGAAGAUGGAGAAUUCUGGAUGUCCUUCCAGGAUUUUCUCCGUGAAUUCACUCGCCUUGAGAUCUGCAACCUCACUCCAGAUGCACUGAAGUCACGCAAAGUCCGGAAGUGGAACACCACACUGUAUGAUGGCACCUGGCGGCGGGGGAGCACAGCAGGUGGCUGCAGGAAUUAUCCAGCUACAUUCUGGAUUAACCCCCAGUUUAAAAUCCGUCUCGAAGAGAUGGAUGAUGAUGACGAUGAUGGAAGGAGAGAAUCAGGGUGCAGUUUCCUUUUGGCACUGAUGCAGAAACACCGGCGCAAGGAGAGGCGAAUUGGGAAAGACAUGGAGACCAUUGGCUUUGCAGUCUAUGAGGUACCUCCUGAGUAUGUGGGUCAGUCCUCAGUCCACCUGAAGCGAGACUUCUUCCUGUCAAACUCCUCCCGAGCCCGAUCAGAGCAGUUCAUCAACUUGCGCGAAGUCAGCACGCGUUUCAAGCUGCCGCCGGGCGAGUACAUUGUGGUGCCUUCCACCUUUGAGCCUAACAAGGAGGGAGACUUUGUGCUCCGGGUCUUCUCUGAGAAGAAAGCUGGGACAGUGGAAAUGGAUGAUCAGAUCCAGGCUACACUGCCAGAUGAGAAAGUGCUUUCGGAAGGAGAAAUUGAUGAAAAUUUCAAGCAUCUCUUCAGGCAGCUGGCUGGAGCAGAUAUGGAAAUCAGCGUUCGUGAACUGCAGACCAUCCUCAACAGGAUCAUGGGCAAACAUAAAGACCUUCGGACAAAAGGUUUCAGCAUAGAGUCCUGCCGGAGUAUGGUGAAUCUCAUGGAUAGAGAUGGGAAUGGGAAACUUGGACUUGUAGAGUUCAACAUCCUCUGGACCAAAAUUAAGGACUAUUUGGCGGUCUUCAGGAAGUUUGACCUUGAUAAGUCAGGAAGCAUGAGUGCUUAUGAGAUGCGGAUGGCUCUGGAGUCUGCAGGCUUCAAGCUCAACAAGAAGCUGUAUGAGCUGAUCAUCACCCGCUAUUCUGAGCCAGAUUUGGCCAUCGACUUUGACAAUUUUGUUUGCUGCAUAGUGCGGCUUGAAACCAUGUUCCGGUUUUUCCAAGCCCUGGACACUGACAAAGAUGGAAUUGUCACUUUUGACUUGUUUAAGUGGUUACAGCUGACCAUGUUUGCCUGAAGAAGACAGAGCCAACCCUGCACGGCUGUCAGGCCUUCCUUCUUCCUGUUUCUUACCUGCAAGUGCCUUGCAUCAGGAGGUGGUAGCUUCUUGCUUGAUGCCACCUCUGCUUCCAGCAAAGCUUCCCCCACACACCACCUAGCAUCAUUUGCCUCACGUGCCAGGUAGACUCUCUUGGCUCCCACCACUGUGCCUGGUCCCUUGUGACUUUAGAAGCCUUUCACGUUCACCACUUCCUGAAAAACCACCUUUUGUUUUGGAUCAUCUAUAGCUACAGCCAUUGUCAAGAACAGUGCAGUGCCAGAGCUGCAGAGAGGCCUUAUUGCUUGGUUGCAGGCUUGUUGUCUUCUAAAGGAGUAUAUCACAGUGCCAAUCUGAUGGAUGCUAACUCUGAGCAAGAGUUGUCAGCACUGGGCAAAACAGUGCAUGCUGGGACAAUGCUGGCCUCCAAUGGCCAAUCUCUCUAUGGACUUCUUUUGUGCUUUCCCCCCUGAUGUUAUGGUUUGGCUGGACUUCCAUAAUUUCUGUGUUCUUGAGAAGUGUGUGUAGAAAGGGUCAGAUCAUAGCCAAAGAAGCAUUUUUAAAAAAUGUCUCGUGCUGGACUCUCGGGCAUAUGUCUUAAAACAUGCCUCUGCCAAACUGGCCACCAACAUGCACUUCUCUCUGUCCUUAUAAAGAUGGGUGCAAGUCUUCCACCAUAUUCCCAGAUGCUUUGCUACACUCCCAGUUGGCAACCAUAGCAGCUUGGCUCAUGCCAACGCUAUAAUUACAGCCAUGCAUGCUGGAAAUGCUCCAUAGGCCAAACUUUCUAAAGCCUUUUGCCAUUCUUCUAGUAGCUAUUUUUAUCCCACCUGUUCCUUCAAAUAG